CCUUGAAACAAUAUACUUCAAGGGAAUCCUUCCAGGAUCGACUAAUGAAAUAUCUGUAUGGGAAAAUUGCUCCUCUACAAAAAUGGAGCACUUAGAAAAAUUACAUAAAAGGUGGCACGCAUUAUACUCAAGAUACCUAGGGGGACAGAAAAUGAAGAUGUGUUAAAAAAGCAAAUUGGAAGUCAAUACAGUACAUGUACAAAAGAAAGGUAAUUUGCUUAACACAUAAGGCAUGUUAUGAUAACUGUCCUGACGUGAUUAGCAACAUCAUUGAAAAAAGUGGAAAUUUACGGAACAUGAGAGACAACCUGAAACUCAAUGUACCACGAUUAAAGACAGAAGAAAAAGAGAUAUUUAAAUACAGAUCAGCGCUACUGUGAAGCUUACUGCCUGAAAGUGUCAAGAGAAUUAAAAACUACGAAAAUUUCAAAAGACCCUCUCAAAAAAUUCUAAAGAAAUAGAUGCAGCAAGCUUCAACAGCUCAAAAAUAAUCAAAAACAAAGAUUUGGAUAAUUUUAAAAACUACUAGAUGUUAUUUCAACCACAGCAAAUUCAACAAUAUUAUUUUCGUUUUAAAAAAUUGUACUUUUAAAUUUUUAUCCUAGGUUAAGUUUAAGCAGGUCUACAUCAGCUUUAUGCUGACUACUUCUGACCUGCUAUACAUAAUAAAUAAUGUAUCAUAGAGUUGAAGAAAAUAAGACUACAUUGUUUAUCUCUACAAGCCUGUUUCGUGAGUAACUCUCUCUUCAGGAGAUCUUCAGGAAUAAUAAAUAAUGUAUGUAUUUAGUUGCUCUGGUCCCCGGGGGCUGGGCCCUUUCAUGGCUCCGCCCUUGAAUAAGGGAGGCCCCAAACCACCUGCUGAGUAGUUUUAAUGUGCGACCGUCAACUUUUUUCUGUAUUCCGCCUGUUUAUAAAGAUUUUUAAAAAAAAUUCCAGAAAACGGUAGGUUAGAUUUAAAAACGGGAGACGAGGAGACUUGCACCUCAAUCUGGAAAGCUGAUGAACCAUUUGAAUUAAAUGAUAGCCGGCUUGUUUUGUUUACAAUAAAUAGGCCUACUGGCGAGAAAAGUACUUGCUACACGUAACUAUGGCCGGCCCAUGCCAACCAAUAAGCGCCUAUCAUCCAGUUUCUUUGCGUAUUGUUUUAUAAAGUACAGGUGUUUAUUGAAAACAAUGAAAGUUUGUGUUCAACAAUGUGUCUGUAAUUUGCUUAGAUUGGAAUCCCUGAAAAAAGGAGGCUGUUGACCAUGAUGAUGGUAGAUGACGACGCCCUUGUGAUCGCAAACUACUUUUUGGUAAGUGGCGUCAAUAUUGUGGAAUGAGCGUUUCAAUUUUAGGACACAGAUUGCGUCUCGUAUUCUAGUUCUCAAAGGCAGAGGAGAUUAACAGUCUUCUUUACACCUUACAAUGUUAUUGAUGAAUAUAUUAGAACCAAAGUUAAUCGAAUGAAUAAAAGAUUCUACCACACCAAUGAAAUUGCAGACAGUUGAUGAUGCUAUACAAGGAAUUUGAACAUAAAGUCUCUUGAAGUUCCCAAACUUAUCUUCUUGUCUGUGGACUGAUUCUGAUAAAAAUGGAUUCAGCAACGUGGGUUACCUUUGAAGGCAACGAUGGUAUUAACAAGAAAGAAGGUUCCUCCCCAACAACUGCCAGUGUCUGUCUAGAAACUAAAUUUGUUUCACACUUCCAUGAUAUCACAAUGCUGGACAAUAAGAUAGGACACAAUAACAACACAAAAUUGUUACAAGGGAAAAUGCAACAUUCUUUUGCUUGCGAGUCCCUAUGCAAGAAGCCAAGGGAAAAACAGGGUUCUUUUGACACAGCUUCAGCUUUUCAACCAUUCAAGGUUCAGUUAGAUGCAAAGAAAUCAAAGCAAGAUGACAUUGCCACAAGCAACCAGAAAUGUAAUCAAACUGGUCCUCUUUGCCCAGAAAACACUAGACCUUUGCUAAAAAAUUCAAAAGCUAUGUCAUGGGAGCCAUUUGAAAAUUCUUUAGAAAAUCGCUUUCAAAGUAAAUUUACAACAGAGCAACCGCCAAAAGAUCUUUCAAUGUGCUAUGAAAUGAAAAAUGGCGAGGAGGUGAUUGCUACAGAGAACCAAAGAUCACGUUUUUCUCCACCAUUAAAUCCAUUGAAUCUGUUAGUCUCCACUAGAUGUACCUUGGAUGUUUCGACCAACAGUACUAUUGAUCUUGCAAAGUUUUCUAACCAUACAAUUGAUAAAUAUGUUAUCGAUAAAACGGCCUGUGACACAAACAAAUUAGAUAUGCCAGAAUCAAUUGGCUAUGAUACUGACUCAAGCUUUUCAAAUGAGACCUUUGACAUAGACCUCAUGGACAAUGAUAGUUUAUUGAAAGAUACAAGAAAGCAAUUCCCAGAUGUACUGUUAUUUCAGGCAUCUAGUGCUCUUCUUGAAAAGAAAGAGGAUCUAAACAACAUAAUUGACGACGAUACUACUGAAAGUUUGAAAGGAUGGUAUGCAAAGGAAAAUCAGUUACCACAAAACGAUGAUUAUCCUUCUGCAAAUGAAAUAAAAGAGUGGACACUGCUCUACAGAUAUCCUGGCCAAAAAAGAAAGAUUGGUUCAAGAAGAUGGGUAAGUGCAAAGGUAACAGUUGUGAAUGAGACUAUAUGCAUAUCUGGAAAGACUGGGAAAUCAGAAAUUAUAAAAGAGAUUUCUUUGCACCCUUUUCUUGUAUUCACAUUACCAACACUUCAUAAGCAGGAUAGAAAUGAAAGCCAAGUAAAAGUGCAUUCUGUUAAGCUACAAUAUGUGAAAUACAAGGAAAAGAGAAAAGUCACUUCAAAAUUUCAGUUUGAGCAUUUCCCAUCAUAUACAUCUAUAUUGAAGAUUGCAUCAAAAGACAUUCGGUCUCUGAAGCAUUUCAUGGAAACUGUUGAAAAUGUCAUUAGAAAGAUUAAAUCUCAUAGAGACAUUGGAAUCACACACCGACAUGAAGAAAUAUUCAUUGAUUGUGAUGAUAUUUGUCAAUAUGAACUUGAUGGUAAAGGAAAUGUCAAAAGAUUCAAUAUAACAUGUCAGAUAAGAUUAAGAGCUUUUGUAACAGGGGCUCCAAAUUUAUUUCUUUUUGUUAAUGAUGUAGAAACUUACAAUAAACAAAGGAACCGUAGGGGAAGGCAAAAGCUUUUGAAAAGCAAUAAGUGGAUUCAAUUGCCGAAUGUUGAAUACCAUCCAUGUGUUGAUAUUGCAGCUUCCAAGAUAGAGGGUGGGAUUGUUUUCAAGCCUCCUGAUGGCUGUAGUUUUGAGCUAAUGAGGUUCCACCCAAGAGAUUUUCAUGCGCUUCCUCUUUCGUUCAAAGGCUGUAUAAAUUUUACAUCCAUAAAAUCACUAGAAAUCAAAGCAGAAUGUAGGGUCACUGGAGAAGGCAAAAUAAUGCGAUAUAGAAAGAACUGCAUCGUUGCUCGAUUUGGGAUUCCAGAUUCCUGGUCAUCAGUUUUUAUUCGGGCACAGAGCCUUACAAGAAAAAGGCAAUACAUGAAAGCUAAAUCAAAUUCAAAAUCAUUUGCGCCAGGCAUUGCAAGAAAGACCUCUUGUUUUCUCGAAGUAAGUAUUGGAACAGCUAGGUAUGAGCCAGAGUACAAAGCACUUGUCUGGAGAUUAGGGGAUUUGCCAGUGCUUGAAAAACAAGUUCCAGCAGAUGCAGUGCAGACGUUAAGGUGCCAUAUAAUCUUGCCAUUUGAAAUUGACUAUUCAGAUAGAUCUAUUUUGGAUGUAGAUGUUGAAUUUGAGGUUAACCAUUCAGUUGGCUCUGAUAUUCAAAUACAGGAGGUGCUGCUCCCUGGCAAAGGUAUACCAGAUAAGUGGGUAUGUUACAGAUCUGCUUAUUCAUAUAAAGUACUGUUUGAUGUUCUUAAUGAACAAAGGCUAGCUUUACACUGAUGUGAACAAAAUCUAGGUUUUUCUUUUAAUUCAGUUGCCUGUAACAUUUAAGUUAAAUGUUGAUUUUUUUGGGCCCGUGCAAUAGAAGUAUUUUCAUUACUUCUUAAAGCUUGCAUUGUGUUUCAUCUAUUGCUAGUAUACAAUUUUUUGCUUUUAACAUAUAUAAAGUGUACAUCAAGGUCUUUUGAAAACUCUUCAUAAGCAAGUACUUGAAAAAUGCUAAUGCAUGUGCCUUAUCAAGUAAAAAAAAUAUACCUGGAACAAAUUUCAAGAUUGAUUGAUUCAUGAAUGUUUUCAUUAAACCAUCAAUGUACUUUUUGAAAUGAGCUUUCUUUUAAUUCAGAUAUGCAGUUUAUGUUAUUAACAGUGGCAGUUUUUAUGGGUCCAAGGGGCCAUGACCCCAGGCCCUAAGCUUAUGGUAGCCAGAAGGGGCACCACAUUCAAGAGGAAAACUUUAAAAAAAUUUAUAAUACAGACCCUAAAGGUGUUUUCAACCGUUUUCAACCCGACGACUUUUGAAACCACCCUGGGGUCUUCACGUUAACAAAGGUAGUUGUUUCUUCUGUUUCGGCUUUGUACGUCAUCGUCAGGGCCUCAAAAUGAUAAAAUGAAGAUAAAUAAUGAACAUUACUGUUUACCGAUCGUCGGUCAUAGAGUGCACAAUGACGUAAAGGCAGAGCUGUAUACAUCUUUUCUGUAUAGAACAGGGCAUUUGAUACCACAACGCUUAAUGCGAGCCUUUACUUGAUGAUUUAUAAAUAUACAUAAAUGACCUUUCACGUAUAUUCGAGACCCCGUUAUGGUACCAAAGAAGUUUUCCUGAAUGAAGUUUUUAGCUUGCGUGUGACGGAAUGUUUACAAGAGUGCAAACUGAAGGGUGAUUUCGACGCGAAUCCUCUGAGGAGUGUUGUGAAUUGAUCAGGCGAAAAUUGAACAAAUCUGAGUGCGAGAUCUCAUUAAAUCACCUCUAAUUGUUCAAUUUGCCCAGAAGAUACUAUAAGACUUUUUUAUGGCUUUAAGUCUCUUUUUUUGUUGCUCUAUCUUCAUGUCGCUCUAUUUGCUCACCUUGAGAAAAAGCAAAGGAAAACUUUUCUCGCCUAACCCUUUCCUACAGAUCAAUCGUGGCAGCUAUAAACACUGGCACAAAGAUGACACCCAACGGCGAAGCCCUCAGGUCUUAGGGUGUCCAAAUUGGUACUGGGGAAGAAAAUCACGGGGAGACAAAUGGUGCGGCUCAUAAAUUUGUUAAAGCGACUACACCAAACCUCUCAAGGAGUAGCUAAGAAUAUAAAAAUUAGAUCUAUUGCUAAACGAAUUAUCAGGUCUCUAGAUGGAUGUGACUGGUCUAGCUGAAGUCAGAUGAAGUGGAGAAGGACAUUUUACCCAUAACGGAAGCAAUAUACUAUAUAGUGCAAGCAAAAACGGACAGGGUGGUGUUGCCAUUGUGCUGACUGGAAAAGCGUUUAAGUCUCUUCUGAGCUAAAAUGCCAUUUCAGAAAUGGUUAUAAUAUGCAAACUAGAUACUACCCCUGCUCCAACCACAGUAACACAAUUAUCUGCACCCACAUCAACCCACUCAGACAAGGAAACUGAAGCUUUCUAUAACCAACUACAAACUGUCAAAGACUCAGCUAGGUCAUCUGAAAUGUACGGGAUAAAUGAGAGAUUUCAACGCUGAAGUAGGCGACAGUGGAGACAGUGAAGUAGGUGAAAGUGGGGGGGGGGGGGUUAAUUGGCAGAUUUCUGCAGAGUAAACGAAAUUUUUUAUAGCAAACACGAUGUUUCAACACCAUAAAAUUGUUGGGGAGAUGAGAUCUCACUCCUAUUGUUUGAGACAAAAGGCUUAAUGAUUUGUUCGAGCCAAUCAACGUGGAGGGGCAGGGACGCAUGCGUAUUCUAACGAAUUAUCCCUUCAAAAUCCCGGGCCAUCCUCAACACCAAAAGCCAGGGAACACAACGAGAUCUCGCAAACAUGUCGAGAACAGUAAUUUUAGUAAUUUCUGAGGAAUUUUACGCAUAUAAUUUAAGGACGUAUUUUCGUUUAUUUUUCAUUUAGGGGGUUCUUCGAAACUUUUUGUAGAUGUAGUUAAAAGGGGAAGAUCAAAAUUCGAAGCUUUCCGCCUUAAAAAUUUGUAUAAUUGAAUUGAAAGUACGUUGUCUGUUGUUUUAGUUGCCUUGGUCUGGCUCUAUUGUCGGAGGUCAGUUAAAAUCAGGUUGUAUUGUUUACAUCGAAUGUCUACUCUCUGUAAACACUUGGGCCGCGUCAUAAAAUUCUCGAUGUUUUUGCUUACCUUUGGAAGUAAAGUGAGCCUUAAUACAAACAAAAAACAUAAAACAACAGAGAAUCCAGGCAGGUUUUUCAGUAUGAAAGAUAUUUCUGCUAUGAUCAAACUCCCAUGUCAAUGUGAAUGAUAAGCUCCGACCGCAAAGUUCUGUUUGUUCCUUUCUCGGAGGGUUCUAUGCCUCUUUGACUCAGAAUAUAUAAUACGCAUGUGCAAUGGCCCUAAAGCGGGGGUACUCAUUUCAUACUCAAGAACUUGCUGCAUCUCAUCUCCCCAACAAAAAAGAAGGUAUCUCACGAGAUGGACAGACAAGUAGCCAAAUUGACUACAUAUUAUGCCUGAAUAGUUAAAGAGCAUAUAUUCUUGACUCAAAAGCAAGACCAGGAACAGACUGCGAUACUGACCACACACUCGUGACAGCGAAAGUCCGCCUAGGGCUGAAGAAAUCAAUCCUCUUAUCAGAUAAUGGACCAGCAUGAAGGAGCAGUGGCAAGGAGUAGCUACAGCAGUGCUGGAAAGAGAAAGCGGAUUUGGCACAAACCAUGGAUAAGCGCACAAACCUUAGCUCUUGUGGAAAAGAAACGACUAGCUCGGCGUCAUAAUGACAAAACGCUGUAUAGAGAACUGGCUUCUGAAACUCAACGUAGCCUGCGUAAAGACAUAAACGAAUGGUUGUCAGCCGAAUGCGAAAAUAUCGGCGAAUAUAACAGAUUCAGGAAAUCAAAAGAGCUCUUUGAAGAAGUAAAACAAGUGAAAAUCAGAAAGUUCAAGUCACAACAGGCAUGCAUCAAGGACGAGCAUGAGAACGUAAUCACAACUCCUGAAGAAACACUGAAACGUUGGCAACAGAACGUGUUAUAAAUCGAUUAUUAAUUGAGAGCUUGAGAUAGAAAAUCAAUCAUGUUGUCUUUUUCAUAUUUUAUAAAUAACAGAAAAUGAAAUAUUUAUAAAACGUGCGGUCCUAACCCGUGCUUAAUUCAACAUAAUAAAAUGUCUAAUUGAAAAGUGCAUUAUUGUUCCUGUCACGUGACAGCUUAUCAUGUGACUUCGAACCAGGGGGUUGCUUUUUCAACACACUCCCCCGGUUUGAUUCACAAUAUGAUUCACUCUUUUCUUAACAAUUCAUCUAUAAUGGCUGUAUUACGUUUAGAUCUACCCCUUGCCUGAAAUGGUAAUGCAGUAGAUGUUGAUUUUGCUGCUGCGCAGGCAUUGUGCUUACAUGCUGCUGCACGGGCGUAUUAGCAGGCUGCGCUGACUUGGUUAACUGCUUGUCAGGAGGCAAGUGAGAAGUUUCAAUUUCCGAAGGAAUCAAAUGUUUUAAAGGUCUUACCAAUACCUUCUUAUUCCCGUCACUUGACAUAACUGCAACCUUGGCUGAUCUUGUUGAGCCAUCAGCUCCAACUAAGAGUUCUUCUACCUCGCACAGCUUCCAGAAGGCUCUCUCUACCUGCUCAUUUCGAAUGAUACAAACAUCAUUAAUUUUUAUGUUAGGAUUAAACAUGAAUUGUUACUACUGAGAGGUUUAUACUUAUCUAACAAACUUAAUAAGUAUUCCUUCUUCCAACGAUUAGUGAAUUGAGACAGAAGUCUCCUGUUGUACUUAGCUCGUUUAGAUAGUCCUUGGUAGGUGUUAACAAUUUCAAAAUACGUAUCGUUGUGAACUUUACACAAGUUUCUACCACUGAUUAAUUGUCAUGGUGUGAGAGGGUAAGAUAAUCCGUCACUAUCAUCAACUACGUACGUGAGAGGGCGUGCAUUAAUCACCCGCUCGACCUCGGUUAAAAUCGUAGUUAAUUCGUCAUAAGAAACAAAUGCACGACCUAUGACUUUAUUUAAACACCUCUUAGUAUAACGUACUAAUCUUUCCCAGACACCUCCAUGAAAGGGAGACAAUUCUGGAAUAAAUAUCCAUAUGACACCUUUUUGUGUAAAAUAUUCCGAAGGCCUUGAUAAUCGCAAUGAUUUCUUGACUUCUUUUGAGGCCGAUUUAAAUGUUUUUGCAUUAUCCGUAAUUAGCAAGGUAGGCAUACCUCGACGAGCACAAAACCGCCUAAAGGCUCGUAUAAAGGUCUCGAAGUUUAACGAAUCAACCAGUUCCAAGUGAACCGCUCUAGUAGCAGCACACGUGAACAGACAAACGUAGCUCUUAAGUGUAUCACCUUUAUCCUUUCCUUUAGCCAGAAGAGGACCUGCCAAGUCAAUACAGACGUUGGAGAAUGGAGGUGCCUCAUCUACGUGAAAACUUGGUAGUUCUGGAUUGAUUACGGUCUUAAACGGCAAUCCCUCUAACCUCUUACAAAUGAUACAACGGCGGACAAGGCGUUUUACUUGCUACCUCCCCCGAAAUACCCAAUAUCGUUAUCUCAUUAGAUUGAGGGUGUCUAUUGUCCCAUUAUGAAAAUCAUCGAUGACCAACUCUUAAAACCUAUUUCUUGAUGGCAGAAGUAUUGGUCUUUUACCUGAAUCCGAUACUGUAGACCUUCCGAAGUUCCGAUACGUGUCCUGCAAUGAAGUAUCUCAUUUGUAUCCAAAUAUAAAUUGAAUUGAUUGACAAAAAAUGGAGGUUUCAUCCACUUUUUGACUGAAUCACUAAGCGACGAAUAGUGAAUUUCUUUGGCAACACAAUCGGUUUGAAUCGACCUUAUAAGUACAUUUUCAGCUUCACUUUUUUCUGACACUGUUAACGUCGAUUUUUGGUUUAACUUAGACUUAGCAACUGCAGAUUCGAUAUUUGAAAUGAAUCGUAAUAUCCACCCAAUACAUCUAAGUAACUUACUCUUACUACUGAAACGGUUUAGAUCAACAACAGGUGUUGUGAUCUCAUAGCUACAGAUGUUGUGAUCACUGUGUUCUAGCUAAAGGAACUCGGGACCCUCCCAUCACAAAGGGUUGUUGUGUAUAUCCCGAUACUUUCCGCGAGAAGGUAAAUCAGCUGGGUUCAACGGACCUGGACAAUAGAACCAUUGUUCUCUAUUAGACCUUUGUAGAAUUUUAUUGUUUCUGUUAAGAUGUGAAGGAGAUAGAACAACGCAUGGGUUGAACAGAAACAGAACGAUAACUUUAUAUUAACUUCAAACGGCCUACACACAUAACUGUAAUACUGUCAACUGUAAUCUGAAACUAUAUAAACAUGGGUCACAUAAAGUAAUGCUCCUGCGCAUAGUCAAUUAGGUUACUACAAUUUCUAUUUCGGACAUAUUGGGUCCAGGGCUUAGCAUUUUUAACCCAACAUAAGACAGCCAUUGAAUCUACCCAGAAAUAUUUAUCGAUGACGCACCCUUGUAAUUCCUGCUGUAGAAUCUCAACAAGCUUGACCAUCAAACAAGCUCCUAAAAGCUCAAGACGAGGUAUGCUUUGUUGCUUGAUGGGCGUGACCUUACUCUUAGACGCGAUUAACCUAGAGCUUAUUUAACCUGAUUCGUACGUAACACGUAAAUAAACUAAUAUAGCAUAAGCCAUUUUACUAGGGUCAGAGAAUCCAUGCACUUCAAUUCAUUUAUAGCUUUAAAUUUCAUAUCAAGCUUUCUGAACUCUAGAAAGCAACGUGUUAAAGUUAAUGGAUCUUACAGUGAAUGGAAGAAUAUAAGCCAUGGAGUGCCUCAGGGUUCUGUCCUCGGACCUCUCCUUUUCAACAUUUACAUAAACGAUUUAUUUAUGUUUGUGUUUGACAGUAUGGUUCGCAACUAUGCGGAUGACAGAACUUAAUAUGUCAGUGAUCAUAUGCACAAUGAAAUAAUUGGUAAGUUAGAAAAUGAUAUUGAUUAUCUAAAUGGUUCUGGGACAAUUACAUGAAAUUAAAUUGAGAUAAAUGCCACCUGAUGUUUUUCAGCAGUAAAAAGAACACCAACCUAUCGAUAAGAAUUGACAACGAAGUAAUUGCUGAGAGUUCAGAAGAAAAAUUACUGGGUAUUAUAUUAGAUAAGACUUUAUCCUUCAAAACACAAGUAACAUCCUUAUACAAAAGAGCUACAUACUCUAUCCCGUAUAGCCUUAUACAAAAGUUACAUACUCUAUCCCGUAUCGCUAAGUGUAUGGAUACUGUAAAAUUAAAACAAGUUAUGAAGGUCUUCAUCCUUUCCCAGUUCAACUACUGUUCUUUUAUAUGGAUGUUCUGUGAGAGAAGCUUUAAUAAUAAAAUAAAUCACCUCCAUGAGAUGGCAUUACGAAUCGCCUAUAAAGAUGACAAUUUUGAUUUUACAACACUUUUAGAAAAGUGAAAAUUCCUGCUCAAGCUUGAAUAUUCACAGUGAAAAGAGUUACACAAUUUUGGCAAAGUCAAAGAAUAGGGUACAUUUUACGCAAACAGAAUCAGAGAUAGGGGUCCAGUUUCUACUUUCAGGAAUACACACAAUAACCAUUGGACCAUUUGACUGUGCCUGCCGAGGAUUUGAUGCGGACCUUUCAGUGAUGCACUUGCACUUUUUGCAUCAAGACCAAGUAAAAGUUUAAGGAAAUUUCAGUGAAUGGUCCUCCAACAACGCCCAGAUUCAAGUUAUUUUACUUAGCUUCUAAAGGGAGAAUAUCUGACAGUGAAAAAAUACACGCAAUAUACUUUUCAAAAAAGGGGCACUUGUUUAUACUUUUUUGCAAACAGGGGGGCCUGUGCCCCCGUGUCCCCCCUUGCUCCGCAACUCUGCAUUCAAUUGUGAAUUCUCAAUUUCAAAAUCUUUGAGAAUCGAUGUGCUAGAAAGCACGUAUUUUGUUGCAGGCACCGCGGAGCAGGGGGCACUUUUUGCAAAAAUUGCCAAAUAUUAAGUAUCAAACUACCAGAAGAGCCUUAUUUUAUACUGUUUUAAAACCCCUUCCCCCCCCCACUUUUUUAGACUCCCCACUUUUGGGGGCCUAUUAUAGGUGGACCAAAAGCCGCAGAACCGUGCAAAAAUCAACCAAAUACCGCAAUCCGCAAUAAAAUUAAGCGCGAAGACGCGGCCGCGAUAGCAAAAGAGGCCCUAUAAAGGGUAAUUGAAAUAUGAAAUAAUUAAAGUUUUCGGGGAGAAAAUAUGACUUUUUAGAUGUUUUGGUUUUGAAAUAUGAAAUAACUUUGGUUCCCAAUAUGAAAUAACAAAAUAACUGAAUACAUCUUUUAAUGUUGUGUUAGAAUUAUCUAUUUGAUAACAGCAUUGACUCAAGUGACUUUUGAUAUGUAGAGCUGUUAAGAUACCAUAUUACGCCUUGGUUGCUCUUUUAAAUUUUUCAAACUUUUUCGGGGCAUAUUCUCAAAGGAGGCACUUAAAAGAAGAGGCGGCUUUUCAUACUUCAUGAUUAGUAAAAAAGCCAAUAGCAUAGAAUCUGCCGCAAAUAGUUUUGGCUUAUAUUAUCUCAAAAAAAUAGACGAAAAUACCAGAUAGCAUCAUACAAAUGUUUUUAUAUCUAGAUUAAUUGCUCCACAUCUUUAUACAGGUUCUUAAAUUAUCUUCUGAAAAUUCCCUAGUCAUGAAUAUUACGUCAACCCCUAUUAUUAUGAAUUAAUUGGGACUGACCAUCCCAUGAAUCAUUCUGAAAACUGUACGUAGAUAUUUUGUCCGACUUGCGGAGACAAUGUUCUUCGAAAACAUUUGACAAGUGUAAAAGAACCCUAUUUGUUGGUUGGCCGGCCCUGCUUCCCUCUCCCACUCUUGUUCUAACUAAUAGCAAUGACUGACAGUAGCUUGUCCAUUCUUACGUUACUCCUAUUCGACAUGGAGCUCUUUUCAAAACAUUUGGUGUAAAGUGAAAAGCCUUGCCGCGGACCGUUAUUUCAUCUGAAAGCCGCAACGGUAUUAUAAAAGCCGUAAACCGUUGCGAAUUUAUAUCGAAAGACGCCAGACGCAACUUUUGUUGAAACCGCAGUCCGUAGAUAAACCAUGUUUAAAUCCGGAGGCCGCACGUAAAAAUAGGGUCCAAGCCGUGAAGUCGCAAACCUAUAAUAGGCCCCCCACUUUUCUCAAAGCUCCGCGGUGCCUGUGUUGCCGUUUUUAGCGUUAUUCAAAUGUCUCCGUUUUUGGUGCUCACACUGAAAACGGAGCGUAUUCGAAAGUAUUCGUUUUCAUUAGCGUUUUAAAACGACUCCGUUUUCAUAGCAGAGAAGUGUGAACGCAAGGCGAAAACGGAUUAAUUUGACUCCGUUUUCAUUUGAAAACAGAGUAGUGUGAGUUUUGCUAUUUUAGGCCGUAAGCUGUGUCAGAUUUUUAUUUGGUCUCGCUGCCCUCAUUCCGGCAUUACGUUUAAUAAGCAUUUUCCUGUGUGUUUUUUCGUGCUGAUUACGAAUCUUCUUGUUGUCAACUGUAAAAACCUGCAAUUCUCUUGAAAUUCAGCUUCAAACUUCCCCAUUCCCGCGCUUUUUACGUGUUUAGGCUCAGCAAUCUCCUGCGUCUUUCUUGUUGCAAGGUGUAUAACAUGGAAUGCCGAAAGCCGAUGCUGCUUAAUUAUUCUCGGGCCUAUAUCACAGGUAUACAGGAACAAAGCAAUACGACGACGAGAAUCCAAUGUCACGAAAUAAAUUUUCAAAAUAAAUUAAAUUUAAGAGUGUACUAAUAUUUCGCCCCGGCAAACAGGGCUUCAUCAGAGUAAAUGAAACGAACGAGUCUAUAUCACAGUCCGGGUAAUACCUAAGUACAAAUUGCUUUAAAAUAAACAUGGCGGUCGGCUAAACAAAUGGAUCGUUGUUUGAUACAUUCUUGACAUUAUUGCUUUCCAGUAGCGGCACCAAUUGUUCUAGACAUUCUUGCUCUCCAGUAGGGCACCAAUUGUUUUAGACAUUCCUGUUUUCCAGUAGCGGCACCAAGGGGUAGUAUGGACGGUUAUCCCCCCCCUCUCCCCUCUUGCAAAACAUUGUCCAGAUAUUCUCCUAAAAUUGAUGAAAAAUGCACUGGGUAGGGGCAGGAUGCACCUGGCAUAAAAACAAUUAAAAUGAGAUAGUAAAGGCGUAGUCUCCUGGGUCACGCCCAUUACCCUCCCACUCUGCUACAGCUGGCGCCACCACUAUUUUAUUUUUAACGCGUUUACAAAGCUUAAAUAGCUGAAAUGUUUUCAUAAAAUUAUUGAUUCCAACCUGAUGUAAGAAAGUAAAGUACAAAAAUCAUAAAGGGAUGACGUCAUUAACUAUUCAAAACCUGUAUACGAGAAAGGGGCCGCGGAGAGAAUUUAUGGGCCCCGGGUCAGGACAAAAAUUAAAUUAUAAGGCAUGCCUAAGGCAGACGCUUCUAGGAGGUAUGGAGAAUGCUCCCCAGAAAUUUUUGAAAAUUAUGGUUGCUUAAACUGCUAGGGUGGCUAUUUUGGUUGCUAAAAUUGCCAUGGUGGCUAAACUGCGCCGGUGGCACUGAUGUAGAUAGAGGGGGUCAGAAGGAGCAAAAACACCACUGUAGAGCUAAACUGCUAUUUUUUCGGAAAACCUCUGCUCUUUUCAAAAAUUUCAAGUGGUUGUCUAUGUUUAUCUAAAUGUUAUGUUUAGAUGGGAGAAAAUUUGUAUCUAAAUAAACAUAAGAAUAUUCAAUAUAUCAAAUGAUCUUCUUUUCAGUUCUGAUGUCGUUAUGUUAUGUUGAAAUUUAUGAGAAAAUUAUAGAAGCUUGUUAGAUUUUUGUCGGAAAACCCAUGGUUCUCACCCCUCCUGUGAAUUAGAAAUAAAUAGAAAAUAACAGGUACAAGAUGAUACGUUUAAAUAACUGAUAAAAAAUAAGUGGGUUAGGCGCAAGACUUAGGAAUAUUUAAUGGAAGAGAUAUAAUUUAUCACAAGUUCAUUUAAUACUUUAGGCAACUGUUUAUUCUAUUUCCUUCCAUAUCGCACUGCUUCAUUCAACCUUGCACUUCUUAAAUACAAUCGAUAUACAAUGUACGCAUCAAAUAUCAUACUUACCAUACCUGAUCCGCUGUUUGAUAUAAUUUGAGCAUAACUGAUAUCUUAGCACCAUAAUGCAUGAAAAUGAAAUUUUCUUAGAAAUUCUCAGAGUUUAGAAAAUGAAAAACGCUCAAUUCGUUAACUAAAUUGGACCACAACCGACACACUGUAGCAAAUAGAUGCGAACGCCAUAUUGUAAAUCUGUAUGACAUACAUAUUGUCCUGUAUGUACCCUGCAAUCGCAUUUCGUAACAUUCAGAUACUUUUGAACUUCUUUAACCCUAGCCAACAAAGAUGAGAAAUUCUUAACAAAAAUUUCUUCAAGACUUCAUGGACCUUUUGUCAUUAUUGUCUCUAAUAUUAUGUUUUGUUAAUGUUGAUGGGGAGGCUGGAUUAUUACUUAGAAAUUUUGUUCAAUUGAGUUAUUAUUUAUGGGCCCCCGGGUCAGUGACCCCCCUGACCCCCCUCUCCUCAGCACUGUACGAGAAUAACCUGUACAGUAUGAACAAGCUUACUCGCAUUUGCCAACUGUAAGCUCGUUCAUGCUGUUAACUACGGUGUAAACUACAAAAACAGAUGGUUUUGACCAUAAUACAUGAUGAUGUGGUGAUGACGUCAUCAACCGUUAAAAGGCAUCUCCUCAGACACGAAGCGUUUGACAAUGCUCUAAGUUGCACGUUUGUAUACUAACUUAAAGUGAUCUAGCUGGUGAGAGCAGUUUCUGUGUCGAAAAAUGUUUUUUUAAAUAAUUUGACUGUAUUGAUGACGUCAUAAAACCUAGAAAUUAUUGACCCCCGUAUCUCACGAGAUGCAUGUUUGGUGAAGUUGUGCCCGGGUGCGGGCAACGA